GCAGUCCCGACAGAAGCUCCAAAUAUUAUGCCUUCGCGCGAAAUUGGGCGCAUUCCCUCAGCAGCGAAGAGAGCAACAACAUAGUAUCGAAGAGGCUUCAUUCAAUCGUUUGUUCCGGACUUACUUUGUGCAAGGCAAGCUAUUACCACCAAGCAUAUAUAUUUUAGUAACGCCAGCUUUGAACAACCACAGAUACAGAUACCAUACUAAUAGCUCCCCAAUUCCCUGGCUGCAUCAAAUAAACUUCGCAGUAGCGGCCAUGAAAUCCACAAGAUCGUCUUCGGUUGGUGCUAGUGCUAGUAGGAGGCGCAGCACAACCAGCGAACGGCGGAACAACAACGAACAAACACCAACAUUGCGAAGAUCCUCACGAGAUCGAGAUGCUGCAAGUCCUGCCUCGCCAAAGUCUCUGCGGUCCCGAAGACGAGCCACAUCAGCAGAGGAGUCCCUUAAUAUUAUUCGAACGCCAACGCCAAUACGAAGAGAUCAUGAAGGGCGGAGGUCGAGAAACAACAGACACCCGCCUAAAAUGGUUUCUGGUACUACUACUACCGGUGAUAUUGGCUCUGGCUCUGACGUAUUGGUAGCGGAUAUGGAGGGAACACUAGUGCGGGUACAUUUGACAGUGAAUGGAAGCCGCAGUAGUAGUAGUGAACAACAAGGAACCACCACAAAAAAGCAUGCCCCAACGUUUCUGGGUCAAGAUGGGAAUCUCUUUAACUGUAUGGUGUGUCGAGAAUUUGGAGAUGUCGUUUGUUGCGACGGUUGUCCUCAUGUCUAUCACCCGCAUUGUAUUCCAGUGGGCUCACCAUCUAGAAUAUCCCUCGAUAAUGACGAAGAUCCCUGGUUCUGCCCGCGUGAUAAUUGACAAGCAGACGCAGACGACAGACAACAACAA